AAUGGCGUAGCCGAUUACCCAGUAAAACGACGCCCACGCAUCUUAGCAAGAAACGUCCGGAAAAACGAGGCGUUGAAAUUACCGGUGACAAAGAAGCAGCCUUCGUUAGCUCCAGGUGGUGCAGCGAUGCAAGGAGGAUCUUCUGGCAUCGGCUAUGGCCUCAAAUAUCAGGCAAGAUGCAUAUCGGAUGUCAAAGCGGACACGGAUCACACCAGCUUCAUUACUGGAACCCUCAGUCUCCGGGAAGAAAACGAGGUGCAUCUGAUUCGGCUAUCUUCAGGUGGUACCGAGCUCAUUUGCGAGGGCUUGUUUUCGCAUCCUAAUGAGAUCUGGGACCUAGCUUCCUGUCCCUUCGAUCAGCGGAUUUUCUCUACCGUUUUCUCUACUGGGGAAUCUUAUGGGGCUGCAAUAUGGCAGAUCCCUGAGUUAUAUGGGCAGCUGAAUUCACCCCAGUUGGAACGAAUUGCCUUGCUUGAUGCACAUGUUGGUAAGAUUAAUUGUGUUCUCUGGUGGCCAUCUGGAAGGCAUGAUAAGUUGAUCAGCAUUGAUGAUGAAAAUCUUCUAUUAUGGAGUUUGGAUUGUUCAAAAAAGGCUGCCCAGGUGCAAUCUAAGGAAUCAGCUGGUAUGCUUCAUUACUUAUCCAGUGGAGCAUGGGAUCCACAUGAUGUAAAUGCUGUUGCAGCAACUUGUGAAUCAUCAGUCCAGUUUUGGGAUCUGCGUACAAUGAAGAAGGCAAAUUCAAUUGAGCGAGCCCAUAUCCGUAAGGCUAACUAUGAUGUGAAGAAAAAGCAUAUGCUUGUCACUGCAGAAGAUGAAUCUGGGAUACAUGUCUGGGAUCUUAGAAAGCCCAAAAUUCCUGUGAAAGAGCUUCCUGGACAUAUGCACUGGACAUGGGCUGUUACGUGUAACCCUGAGUAUGAUGGGCUAAUUCUGAGUGCUGGCACAGACUCAACUGUUAACUUGUGGCUGGCUCCUACAUCUGCCAGUGAUGAAUCAACCUCUGGAAGCAUAACUGAAUCACCCACUCAACAAGCUGACCCGUUACUUAAUUCCUAUAGUGAUUAUGAGGACAGUGUAUAUGGCCUUGCUUGGAGUUCUCGUGAGCCUUGGAUAUUUGCUUCACUAUCCUAUGAUGGCAGGGUGGUCGUAGAAUCAAUUAAGCCUUUCCUUUCAAGAAAAUGAAGGUUAUCCGUUGUCCUUGUUCUUCUAAAAGUUCUGUUCAGCAGAGUUUCCGAUUCUAAACAGCAGUGCUCAAAGAGAUGAAUGAGCCCCAAAAUAUUUAGGCAACUUACAGCUUGAGUACAAUGAUACGGCUCGACGUGAAGAGGGCCAGUACUUAAAUGUAGUGUUUGGAUGGCUGGCGACCUGAUGAUUGGUUUCAUGACGUUUUCUGCCUGUGUAUUCUUGACAUAUACCAUGAAAGUUGAACCAAGGUUUUGUUGUUCUCU